CCGGUUGUGUCGCCCGCCCUGUGCUACGCUGCCGCCCUGCCAAAACAUUGUUUCAUUCCACACAUAAAUUAAUCAGAGCUUGAUUUGUUUUGAUAUUUGCUCAACUUAAUGUAUGCGAAUUAAUCACGUUUUGGUUUAAUUGUAAGGAAGGAUUUAUUUACUGAAUAAACCGGGACGUUGGUCGAAAUUAUUUAUUAUAUUUGAAUGUUGUGGAAAUGUAACAUAAGAUUGAACUGUUUAUCUUUUUCGUGAAUUUGUUGUGGAAGCAUUUGUUUUCACCCAUAUAUUGAUAUUAUUAUCAUUUCUGCGUUCUUACGUCUCCCCGACAAUUUACGAACUACAAAUACAGUGGUUGUGCCAAAUACAUUUAGAAUAGAAAUUAAGUUCGAUAAACUGUAAACAACAGUAAGUAAUAUGAAACAAAGCACCAUGGCCGGUCACAGAACGACACCACACUCUUUGUUAAUGGCCAGUGCGCUAAUCUUGUCAUUAGCCGCCGCUUGUUACUGUGACCACACUUUAUCUUCUCAAGACGAGAUUAAAACAGUAUCCACUUCUCAAGGCCCAGUGACUUCACCACUCAAAAAGCUUUUCACUAAACCAUUAGUGACUACAGUGGCCUCGACUGCUGCAUCUUCAACUACAAAGAAUAGCUUAAAAACAACAAAAGCGUUCGUGGCGACGGAGAGCCCGGCUACCGCACGUCAUUCAACUACUAAAGUGUACACAAGCACAAAGGAGGUAGUGAAAAGUGCAAGAAGGCAAAAGUUAAACACUAGUUCUAGUGCACUCGGCGCGGCGCAUUCACCAGCGCGCCUACAAGAGCGGCUGGGGGCGAUAGAUUGCGAUCUGCCCGUGCUGCCUCGGGAGUCACGCCUCUGGCGCGGCAACGAGACACACGAACUCAAUCUGCCGGUCACUAUGGCGGAGGAGUGCGCAGGGAGCGGUGGCGGGGGAGCCGCGCCGGGUGCGCCCGAAGAGGAGUGCCCCCCGGUCAUCGUGUCGUGGGAGGGCUCUGCCGACAUACAGAGCGGAGACAUCCUUAUCGUCCGCAUCGCGGACUCCUUACUACUCGACACCUUCGGUCAAGUCGACGCCAAGAACGGCACUUCUGAAUCUUCUCAUGGUGAUGGGGAAAGGGUACAUCGUACACUGCUGCAGCCAGCCGUGUACCAAGUGACACGGCAGGGCCAUGAGCAUUGCGAUGUCUCUGACGGAAUGUUACUGGACAUCACACCACUAGACGAGCGUGGAGCAAAACUUUUCACGCUUUACGACAAGGAUCUUACAGAAGGAGUAAAUUUACUGAUAGUUGUGUCAGAAAAUUGGAAGUCUCAAUGUGUGCGACUAAAAGUAACCGUGAAGUCGGACAACUGCGGCGAGUCUGAAGAUUGCUCGGGGAAGGGUGUGUGUUACACUAACGUUUCAAUGGAAGGGUACGAGUGUCAGUGCUGUCCAGGGUACGUGGGCCCGCACUGCGAGGAGCGGGACGCGUGCAAUCCGUCACCGUGUCUCAAUAACGGCAUCUGUGUCGACCUCACACAACCUCUCAACGGCGCCAACUACCGUUGCCUCUGUCCUUAUGGUUUUACUGGCAGAAAAUGUGAGCGGGACCCGUGCUACUCAUCGCCGUGUUUGAAUGGUGGCUCCUGUAUGAGUAUGGCGAUGAAUGGGUCGACAACAUUUCACUGCGCGUGCGCAGACGGCUGGACUGGCGCGCACUGCGAGCUUUCUAUAUCCGGAGGCGCCUGUAUGUCAAAUCCUUGCGUGAAGGGUAUCUGUAUCGAGCAAACUGAUAACGACGUCGAGGGACAAGAUUAUCGCUGUUUCUGUCAACCUGGAUACACGGGUGAACGCUGUGAAAUGGAGUACAACGAAUGUGAGUCGUCUCCAUGUGCCAACGGGGGCACCUGCACCGACCGCGUCGGCGGAUUCGCGUGUUCGUGUGGUCGCGGCUACACCGGCAACACGUGUCAGCUCAAGGUGGACCUCUGCUCCCCAAGUCCGUGCCCUUCUCAUCGGAUCUGUCUGGAUCGCGGCAAUAGUUACGCCUGCGAGUGUCCUCUCGGAUUUGUCGGCGAUGAGUGUCAUAUCCCCACCAGAUCUGCUUGUGACAACAACCCCUGUGCACAUGGCGGAACAUGUUGGAGUGGGAUCGAGUCUUUCUACUGCUCUUGUCGGCCCGGCUAUACAGGAAAACUUUGUGAAGAGGACUUUAUUCUGGAAUCAGUGGUCGGGAGCGAGGGUGGUAUGGAUGUAGAGCCUCGUAGAGGCAGGCUUGAGAACAGUGGAGGAGGCUCUGUUCGUGAGGUGCGGAUGCCACUGGGAUUGUACCAUGAUAGACUUCACAAUGUAUACAUUGCAGCCGGUACACUUGGAGCUGCUAUUGCUAUUGUUGGAGUUGUUGUGACGGCCUGCCAUUGCCGAGUGAACAAGACUUACUCCCGGCUGUUGUCUCGCCUGUCUCGGGUCACGGAGCCAGGCCCGCCGCACCACUGGCUGCAAGACAAGCGCGCUCCUCCUGCUGCAGCCCCUUUCCCCCCGCCUUCCAACACUCUGGACACCACCGACAUGUACUACACCCUUGACUUCAGUGACAGUCAGAGCUCUCCACUCAUUCAAUAGCAAUCAUUCCAGAACUGCUCCGAGGGGGAACGGUUCAAAAUACAAAUCUAAGGAGUAAAGGAGGCCAGCGUCAUAUCAUCCCAGUGCGCUUGGAGUGCAAGUAACAGUACUGCGAGUUACUUCAAAUGUUUCAACAUUAAUUUGGACAAUUAAGCAGAAUGCAUUGCAUUUAAUGUGCCAUUAUAGAAAGUAAAAUAUUUAUUUUGUUUUGGAAUGUGAAAGUGUUAGCAAUUAUCGAUCAAUUUCAAUAAACAAAGUUUUACGCUAAAGGGUAAUAAUGGCGUGGGAGAUGAAAUAACUAUCAAUAACGUGGAGCCAUUAACUUUGUGGCUUCGUGACGCAAAUAUACGUACGAAUAAUUUAUGAUUAUAGCUGUAGUAAAUUAUGUAGUGUCCCGCUGCUAGUAGGAAAAUACAAUAUUACAAUAAUAUACUCGGUUUUUAGUAACAUCGUGUACUUUUUUAUUACUAUUUACAU